AGCUGGCGUAGUAGGGGAGCGAGAGGUGGAGAGCCACUGUACAGGGAAGAAAAGAGAAGGGUGGAGAGAGAAUAGCCUCUUCUGUAAAAUAAGCUUCAAUGAGAGAGAGAAAGCAAGGGAGGGUCACUGUACAGAGAAAAAGAGGGAGUGCAAGUGAUGCAGAGCAGCACCGUGGGGACCCUGGGGUAAACUGCCGGUGAGGAAAUAUUAAUGACCCUUACAGCGCUCACUGUGCAGCGUCCCACUGGUGAUCGGAGCCUAGGCGCCGGAGAAGACCUGAGAAAGGUGUCACAUUAAGAGCAGCCCUGGGGUGCUCUCCACAAAGCGCCCCCGCCACCAACACAACCACUCUCACACUUAGACUAGGGGCACGCCGGGGAACGUAGCCACACGGUGGACUGGAGGACAGAAGAGGAGAGCACGGAGAGCGGAACAAGAAGGAUUACACCCCGAAGAAGAGUCCAUUCCCCUCGCGACCCCUGACCCCGUGUGCCAACAUGAGCAGCUGCAGGAAGAGGUGCAAGAGAGAGAUGUUUAAAUUCGCUCAGUACCUGUAUAGACUUGUCACGGGCACGCUUCAUGCAGACAGCGUGGAAGAUGAAUUGGAGCUGUCGGCCGCCCGCCAUCGCCCCGAGGGUCUGGAGCAACUGGAGGCUUUGACCCGAUUCAACCGCAAGGAGCUGCAGAUCCUCUACCGAGGCUUCAAGAACGAGUGCCCUAGUGGUGUGGUCAAUGAAGACACCUUCAAAGACAUCUACUCCCAGUUCUUUCCACAGGGAGACGCUUCGACAUAUGCACAUUUUCUGUUCAACGCGUUUGACACGGAUAAAGAUGGAUCUGUGAGUUUUGAGGACUUUGUAAUGGGCCUCUCUAUCCUGCUCCGAGGCUCAGUCCAGGAGAAGCUCAACUGGGCCUUUAAUCUGUAUGAUAUUAAUAAGGAUGGCUAUAUUACUAAGGAGGAAAUGCUUGACAUCAUGAAGGCCAUCUAUGACAUGAUGGGGAAAUGCACAUAUCCCCUACUCAAAGACGAUACGCCUCGGCAACACGUGGAGAUAUUUUUUCAGAAGAUGGAUAAAAACAAGGAUGGAGUUGUAACCAUAGAUGAGUUUAUUGACUGCUGCCAAAAUGAUGAGAACAUCAUGAGAUCGAUGCAGCUCUUUGACAACGUCAUUUAACUUGUGGCUGACGUGGAGAGCUCUGGACCGGACUAUCGACAGACGCUAUUCUAUCAACUGUAUGCUGUUCAGACAAACAUAAGGAAGUAUUGUCACACGGGCAAAUGCAGUAUAGAUGUAACGGUAUGAAACAUUCUGGAAUAACUGCAAAAAAAAGCAUUGAUGUUUUCCUAUCUUACCUUUUCAAUUUGAGUUUUGUGGUUUGAUUGAGUAAAUUGAACUCUUCAAACCUGUGUACAAAGACGCCUCGAUCGUAACAGCUGUGCCGCAGUCAGUAUUUAUCUGCAGUACAGGAAACCCAGCUGUGUUUGAUUUUGCCACUGCCUUUGAACAGAUGGACAACAAGGAGUUUGAAAGGUGAGCGGUUUCCACCCACCAUGGUCCAUCCUUUGCUCUCCCAGGACCCAGAUAAAAUAUAGACUUAACAUUGUACCAUUUAAAAUAUAUAUAUGUAUAUACUAUCUGAGGACUGUUCAACUUUGUUCAUGUUUACUUGCCAACUAGAAUGAGACGAUGCACUCCACAUUGCAUUUGAUGAGUCUGGACAGUAUCCUUAGAAGCACACAGGUUGGUGUUACUUACCUUGAGUCUACGCAUAGGAGAAAUGACCAUCUUGUCACAAGAUUAUGCUGCUUCUAAAUGUAUUUUGUGACCCUACAUGUGUGUAUUUCCCUGUUUUGAGAUGUUUCCUGUCGACAUGUUUCCAUUCAUGUUUCGAAUCACUAUUUUGUGGUAUGUUUGAUUUUAUUUAUAUAAUAUGGUAGUCAGUGUACAAAGGGAUAGUCAGAUGUUCAGUAUUUAGCAGAAGCUAACUCUUGGGGUGAAUUUACAGUCUUCUUGGGUAUGUAAUGUAUAUUGAUCACUGUCUUAUAAAGAGGAUCACUGGGAUGAAGUUAUACAAGCAAAUCUGAUCUCUGUCACCUUUAGUUUUGUAAAUAUAUAUCCCUGUCCAGAAACAACCCCUAGCCCCAACUUUCUAGGCGAUUGCAGAGAUAUGGGAGGAUUGGACAGGUGUAAUCAAUAUGGCGAUAAUUCCACUCGGCCUGUCAGAAGGCCAGGUGGAGUUAUAACCUACUUCACUUUGUAUCUAUCCAUACCUUUCAAGCCUUGUUUACACUGCAGGCCUUCACACUGCUCAAAUCAGUUUUGUUUUUAAAAUCCAUUUUGGAACAUUGACUGUCUAAACAGUAGGUUACAAGUGACCAAAUCGGAUUUGUGUGUUCAGACAGCAGUCAUUUGCUUGGUUGUCAUAGUAAUGACGGGUGUGUGCACAGUGGUGUAGGCUGAUUGGUGGUGGUGCUCGUGCUUCUCAGAAGUUAUGUGGCAAGUUAAGGGGACAACAAUGUCUGCUAUGGAAGUUUCCCAGUUGCUUUGAAUGUUCAAACACUUUUAAGGAUAAGAUGAUCCAAGGAUAAGAUUAUCCAACUUUAAAAACAAGUGGUAGCUUUUUAGCUUUCACUAAUGUGUUUAAAAAACUUGUUACCUACUACACGUUCUUGUUAAACUAGCAACAAGCUAGCAAGCAACAAUAUAUGCCAACUAAGUCUAAAAACCACACGAGGGAAAUCAGAUUUGACCGUUCAACCCAAUUAGAAUGGCCAGGAAUCAAACCACCUACAAGUGUAUUAAGGGUCUAGAUUUUGUUGCUGGAUAGAGGUUGCUUCUGGAUGAGGUCUGUGUUUUCUUUCCUCUUGUUUGGGGCUGUGUCCAGGUUCUUUGCAUAAUGAAGAAUGAUUGGCCGUGGCUGUUUCUGAUUAGAGCCCUGAUAGGCCCCAAAUGUGGGCAGGCACAGAGCAUGCUGGGCAGCAGAUGGGGCCUCACCCACAGGUGCUUCCAAAAACCCUACUAUUUAGUCCUCCUCUAUUUAAAAGGUUGGUACUAGCAAGGUAGUAUCUGCACUAUUCAUUUUUCUUGCCUUAAAUUGGCAAUUCCUUAUGUAUUCAUUGGAAUAUGUUCUGAUGUCCAUAUGAUUAAGCAAAGUCUAGGACAAUAACUUGUUUGUGUACCUAACUUGAUCUUAUUUGACCAAUGAUUUUGUUCAGCUGGCUAAUUAUCUCCUAAACAUAUGGGUCAAGUUAAGUAGGGCACAGAAAAGCCUGCAAUGAAAAACAAGUUCUAUUUGGACAAGUUCAGGUAUAGCUUCUACAAAUCCAAGAGUGGAAGACUCCUCUCUCUCGUCUCUAACAUGAAGGCUCACUUUUUGUGAAUAGUCCCAUCACAAGUCAGAAUGUUGAAUAAACUUAAUUUGAACGUACAUUACCUGUUGUCCGCUGAUUUUGUCCUUUAUGUAGGAAGUCAUCUGAGACAAUAUCCACCGAGUAGCAUUAUUAACCCGCCUUUCACUACGCUGGUCUAUAUCGGUAUGUAUUUUCAAUGCUGACGCAAUUUGCAUGCAACUUGCACAAUAUGUCAACAAUGGCCGAGUUUAACCGAAGUACAGACUGGAUUUCACAAGCACUUCCAGCUGAUUGCAGGGAACAGGGCUUUAGUCGACUACAUUCGGUUACAUUUGGCUAUUGUUCACAUAUUGUGAAAUGCGUCAGGAGGUGGAAAAUACAAGCGACCGAACCUACCCGCGCAGCAAAAAGUGAGGUAAACAAUACUUUCCUAUGGACAUUUGAUCGCCACUACCUUCCAGCGAAAGGACCAACAGCACGGACAACCGGUAAAAUAACCGAGUUUGUAGAGACUUGCGUAUUUUUAACAGCGACUUUUUUCAGACUGAUUAUCCAUGGCAUAACCAUGAUAAGUCUGAUAUUUAGGCAAGUUCAGGUACUUCCUGUUUCAUCUCAAAACAUUUUCUCCUUACUGAAUAUGUCUCUGGGGAAACAAGUUCCCUAAUGAUAAAGUGACUUAUGUCAUUAUGUUAUUCAACCUUACAUCCUAAUGUAUUUAAAUCGAUCAUUAUAGAAUGGGGGUAGUACUUGGGUUCUAUAAUUUCUGAUUUUAUGCACUCAAACUCUGAUCUUGGAGAAUGUGAAUGAAUCAACUAUAAUUUCUCAUGUUUUUUUCUGUACUCACUUCUGUACUGAAUGUUAAUUUGCUUGUGCCUACCAAAUGAUACCUUCAACUUUAGCACUGUGACAGACACUUAGGGAUGGAUAGAAAUGUACAGAAUGGGUAUCUGGAGGAAAAAGGGGGGAGGGUCAUGCUUUUUCAAUUUCAAUCAAGGGGAGGUUUUAGUAUAUUAUUUUAUUUAGUCCAGGGGUGGGUAAUGUAAUUGAUGAAAUGUCUCUAUAUUUCUCAGUAUUUUAGAAUUAGUUGCUAAUUAGGCUAUAUAUCGAUGUGUGCCGGUUGCAGCCCCUCAUCUCUGAUUCUCCGCUGGGCGCGCAAUAUCAAGUGUGCCUAUAGGCUAUUUAGUGUGGUCUCAAUCAAAUGAUCCAUAGCCUAUUGUCUAUGAAGUGCAUGCUCGGAGAAGCACAGAACAAAGUUGUAUUUCAAAGAUAGCUGCUGGGAUUGUGUAAAUAAUACUAGGCUGCAUUACACACUGUAAUGGAUAUUUCAACAAUGAGCCCCGGCCUGCUCUGAUCUUGCUGAUCAAAAACCUUUUGUGUGCUGCUUAACCAGUUGCUGUAUACUGUAUACAGUGCCUUCGGAAAAUAUUCAGAUCCCUUGACUUUUUCCACAUUUUGUUAUGUUACAGCCUUAUUCUAAAAUGGAUUCAAUUAUUUUUCUCAUCAAAAUACACAAUACCCCAUAAUGAUAAAGAGAAAACAGGUUUUCAGAAAUUCUUGCAAAUGUACACUGCUCAAAAAAAUAGAGGGAACACUAAAAUGAC